AUGGCGGGCACACAGACGCGGCGAGCCCCCUAUAAGGACACUCUGCAGCCUGCUUUGCAUCGACGCUUCUCUUCAACAGCCAGCCUGUUGUUGGCCGUGUCGUACCUCGAAUCGGUUCUGCUAAGCAGCUGGGACUCCUAUUUCUGGUCCUGGUUUCCUCUAGGCCCCGCGGGCUUUCGAACGCUGCUGCUGUUCAUAUGCGGCCUCACCAUUCUCAUUCUUCGAAUUGCAAGUUACCACGUGGGCAUCAAGACGACAGGUUCGGGUCUGCACACCUUUGCAUCUUCACUUCUCAGCCCACGAACGUACGAGACAGCCUUCUGGUACGGUGCUUCGAGUUUCCUCUACUGCGCCAUCUAUCUAGGAACGGCGGAUGAGGAAACGAAUCUUCAAUGGAUCACAUACUUUAGCGGCGAUCGCGCCAGGCUAAACGAGCGACCCGUGUUUUUGGCCUGCUACAUGUUCACGUUCGCCCUCAUUCAAACCGUUGAGCAUUACAGACAUGAUAUCGACCGUCUGGAUCUCGGCGCGCUGGAAAGGAAGCCCGUGGUGGAGCAAAAGAACGCUGGUGUCAUAUCGGGAUCCCUUCAAACUAUUAUGGAGGAACUGCCUAUGGCCCUAGCUGAAUGCUUCAAGCUGGCUCUCGCAGCUAUACCCGCGACUCUUAUUCUGUACUUUUUCUUCCUGAGAUCGUUUGCCUGGUCGUGGACUUUGACGUUCCUGCGCCCGUUCUACAACCUGCCUAGGACCAACAUGCUUCCGUCGUCCUGGCCUUCGGAUAUCUACCUCUUGGCCCGUUGCAUUUUAGCAGGAGUUGGUGUUGGAUUUUUGUGGACAGCGGGUAACAGGGCCUUCUCAAUUUUCAUGGUUAAGAAGCCUUUGAAAAACGGCAAUCCCUUGACGUCCGAAUCCAAAGACCCCAACGGCAGCCUCCUGAAUGGCCUGAAGAGCAAGAAACUCUCCAUCAAGUCCUUUGCCAUGUGGGAAUUGGCCCUCACUGCUCAGAACCACCAGUCCCGAAGACAAAGUAUUUUCAACGACAUUGACCGCCAAGGCGGCCCCAUGUGGUCUCAGAUAUACGCAAUCUGCAUGGAGACCCUCAAAAGCAUUGAGACGCACGUUGAUGCCUAUGGACAGCCGGCCGCACACAUAACUCCUGGAGCCAUCCAAAUUGAAGAAAAGCAUCGCUCAUCGGCCCCGUUGAGAGAGGAUCCCAUUUUCACAAGCCAGUCCAGACAGGCAACCCUUCGGACUGGUGUUGAAAAGGCGCUGGAUAAACUGGCACGGAAUCCCGGCUCAACGCCCGCUUCAGAGCUUAGCCCCAUCGCUCGCAAAACCUGGCAGAAUGCUAAAGACCGAGUACUGAGCAAAGAGCAGCAAGAGGCAGUCUCUCCCGACCAUUUGAUGGACCAAGCCAGACAAGUUGUCACUGGCCUAAUAUCAAUUGGAUGGAUUGGCGAUCUAAUCCGACAAAACUUCCGGACGCAAUUCGCCGCCGCAGUCCUAGGCGGUCCGUAUGCCGAACCAACUUUGCCCGCAAACGCGGCCACUGCACUCUGCCAAUUGGCAGUGCACAGCUUGGCAGAGGACUCCUAUGGCAAUGUUCACAGAGAUGUCCCCAGCAUAAUUCGAACCCUGGCAUCAAUCAUCAAGAAAGUGGAGGCGUUGAAGGCACAAUUCCCUUUGCAUUGGACCGACGUAAAGGGAUUAAAGGAGUGUCCCGAGGUGGACGAGCUGUUGGAGGCAUUGAAGACAGGCUUAGAGCAGGUCAUCUCCAAGUUUGAGCCUUACACUAGUGAUCUGAGGCUUACACCUACGGACUUGCGGAUUGCAAAGGAGGCCAUUGGCAAACCCGGAGUGCAGACGACCAAGGUGAAGGAGGUGGCACCCAAAGCCAAAGACGCCUCCAUCGGGACAAGAAGAAAUGAAGACUGGGCACAGAAGAGACCGGCGCGGGUAGAGUUCAAACGGGUAGAAUUCAAGCAGCCGGAGAUGGAGCAAAUUCGAUAG